GAAAUCCCUGAGAAUGCGGCCGACGUGGCUCACCUGGCUUUUCUCCAUGGACCAGCUAUUCUGGGCGGAUCCGAUCUGAGAUACACAAAGUCCAAGCUGUGGGAUUUUAUGAAGCACAUCUGGAAGGCAGAGUGGUGGCCGGAGCCAGAGCCCAACGAGCAUUGCUCCCGGCUGCUGGUUCAACACACCGCAACCAUCUUUGGGAAGCACAUCUCCUUGCUGGAUUUGACGGUUUCAGCCAGGCAGGUGGGGCCAGGGCUGGUUUUCCUGAUCUUUGAACACGCUUUCCUGGGUCACGGGAUCAUCCUGCAGACAGUGACUCCCCUGGAGCCUCUCCUACAGAAUGUUGUUCACAAGAUCUACUACCAGAAGAACGUGCCAGCCAUAAUCCCCAAGUUCAUCCUGAGAGCAGAGUGCAUACAGUUUGAACGUGAUAUAACCAUCUGGAAUAACAAACAGUAUCUGCCCAAGCCGCUGCUGGUCAGAGAAGACUCCAGCAUUCAGAAGCACCGGCGCUGGUAUGCCCAGUUCUACAGCGAGAAGAGCAGGAGGCUGCCGGCAUUGAAGGAGGGCCUGGAUUGGUGA